UUCUUUUCCUUGGUAAGGGGCUUGAGAACACAUGUUCGAAGAGCGCGCGACCUGGUGUUACAUUUGAUAUCACAUUUGGGUCACGUAACCCUCCUCGGCCCCUGAGUAUGCUUCACUCACGAUCCCUCACUACUUCCGUAUGUCUCGGCACACGACACUAGAAAUACUCGUCUUUGGAUGUCUCUAGGCAGUUCACGGACAUGCGUCGAGAAAGCCUACAUCGCAAGAUCAAUCUUUGCAGAUUAUGCACGUUCGUCGCUCCACCGGAACGAUGCCGACAGCAUACGUUUGUUCACUUUCCCCAGCGUACAACGAUCAUUAAUGUCCGCCAAUCAGUCCUCGGUAGUCACUAUCCGAGCCAGGCGAACAGUUCGUUUUACUGAGCCCCAGCCUCCCCUUUCUACCCCUCGUUCUAUUCUGGCUCUAUACACAGGCACUCGGAGCUCUACCUUCAAGACGUUGGUUUCUGACCUGCAAGAGUUCGUAUCAAGACAGAAACAUUCGUGUGUUAGUCAAAAGAUCUGCCAGUGUCCUACGACUUGCCGGGCUCCAAAUAACAUAUCUGCAGUCCUCCAACGCGUCCAGAGCUUGUCUAUAGCAGACUGGACGAGAUUCAGACCUCAGAUUCCCUAUUACGCGUAUCACAACCAUCAUAUCACGGAUCUGACUGGGGAGAGAAGGCCACGCGUGGUCCAGGAGCCAGAUUCGUGAUCGAAACCCCACAUACCAGAUACUAUGAGUAUCCGGUCUGGGAAUGGAUCUAAGAUGUUCCUUUGCCCUGCAGAAUGGGCAGGAGGAGCCCAAGAGCCCAGUAAUAGACGACGACGACGAUGAGUGAUCUCAAAAGGCUGAAUCCGAAGAGAACGAGAGUAGCUGCAGAGACGCCAGCUGCGGCAGGGACAUCGUCAGAGUGAUGGAUAUAUAGUGUGGUGUUUUGGGAGGUAACAGCGUUCUUCUAGUGUGUUGGUUAGUUCAGGCCAUC